AUGCCGUUCUUACAUGAAAGUCUGCUGCUGGAGCGAGAAGAGGGCUUGAGCGAAGAGGAGAAAUUAGAAGCCAGAAUGCUUUAUGAGCGGGAGAAACACAUCUACAAAAAUGGCGAUUUCGAUUUCUGGACACUGCGAAAUGACGGACAUGCUUAUGAAUUCGAGGGCCCACGAAUGCCGUUUCCAAGAAUGUGGCCAGCACCGCUGCAGCAGUAUCAGGGAACAGUUCCCAUCCGUCAAACACCAGUGGCAAUGAUACUUGAACGGGCCGUGGGAAAUUGGCAUAAUCCAGAAAAUUUGGAUAGAUCAGAUCAGUCACCUGCCGGAAGUGCAGUACAGAUAAUCACGGAUAGAGGUACGUCAUAA